AUGGACACACAUAGUUGGUCCGUGACAUGGGAGCGAAAAAAAAGAAGGUUGGCUCGGCCAGCGGCUGAGACUCGCCUUGACUUCAAACGCGGCGUGCCGACCCCCAGCUACAACAGUUGCGCAUCCGGACGGCGCUGGAUUAAGCCCAACUCCUUUUUUCCACGCCGAUCGGAUGGUUAUACCAGUCGAAGCUUCUGGCCACCUCGCGGCUCUUUCUUCCCACACAGGUGCGUCCUUGCGAACACCUUCAGCGCCGCCAUUUGUCGGAUGGUACCGACGGGUUCCAAACAGCACAUGUGCUCCACAUGA